AUGGCCGCUAUGAAAAUACUCACCAGCACGGGGCUCUUCUUGGCGUUCUGCGCGCUGGGGCUGCUCGCCAUGGCGAUCUGCACCGACUACUGGUACGAGACGGACGCGCGCAGGCACCGGGAGAGGUGCAAGAACUACGCGAACAAGCGCAACGACCCGGGCUACAUCUACAUCUCCAACGGGAACCUGCCGCUCCAGAUGCCUCCAAAGAGCCCGGAGAGGAGAGGCCCAGAUGCUGCUGCUGCUGCUGCCUCCGGGCCGGUCAUCACCCGGGCGAAGCGGCACUUUGUGGCCGCAGCCUCCGCCAUGGAGUCCCACUGCAGCCGGCAAUUCAACUCCACCAUCUCCGGGCUGUGGAGGAAGUGUCACCGGGAGGGAUUCGACCUGGAGAUCGAGGACCUUAUAUACAAAGGAAUAAUUCAAAGAUGUACAUCAGUCAAGUAUCACUACUCUUCGUCCAUCCUACCACGAAAUCUACCUAUCAACAUCACAAAGACCAUACGACAGGAUGAGUGGCACGCACUCCAUCUACGAAGGAUGACGGCCGGCUUCGUGGGCAUGGCUGUGUCCAUCAUUCUUUUUGGCUGGGUCAUUGGAGUGCUGGGAUGCUGCCAGCAGCAUGACCUCAUGCAAUAUGUAGCUGGGCUACUCUUUCUCAUGGGAGGAACAUGCUGCAUCAUCUCCUUGUGCACAUGUGUAGCAGGAAUCAACUUCGAGUUGUCCCGCUACCCCCGCUACAUGUAUGGCCUCCCUGAGGACAUUAGCCAUGGCUAUGGCUGGUCCAUGUUUUGUGCCUGGGGGGGGCUCGGGCUCACAUUGCUGGCCGGCUUCCUCUGCACCCUGGCCCCGUCCCUGAGCACGCCCACCCGCACAACGCCCCACAAGCCAAGGCAGGAGAAUGGCACCGUGUGA